AUGGCUUCAGAAACUACAAACCCCAUCAAAACAGUGGUAGUGUUGGUCCAAGAAAACCGCUCAUUUGAUCACAUGUUGGGUUGGAUGAAGUCCCUCAACCCACAAAUCAACGGCGUAGACGGAACCGAGUCGAACCCUUUCUCCACCGGUUCAGACCGGAUUUUCUUCAGCAACCGGUCCAAGUACGUUGAGCCGGACCCGGACCACUCCAUCCAAUCAAUCUACGAGCAAGUGUUCGGGGUUGUGUGGACCCCACAGUCAUCCUCCACUAAACUGUUGCCAACUAUGGAAGGGUUCGCUCAGAAUGCUGAGCGCACGGAGGAGGGUCUGUCGGGUAUGGUGAUGAACGGAUACGAACCGGACGCUGUGCCGGUUUAUAGGGAGCUGGUGUCAGAGUUUGCAGUGUGUGACCGGUGGUUCGCUGCGGUUCCGGCCUCCACGCAGCCGAACCGGUUGUACGUGCACUCGGCCACGUCACAUGGGGCCACCAGCAAUAAUAGGUUGCAGUUGAUUGAAGGGUUCCCUCAGAAGACUAUAUUUGAAUCCUUGGAUGAGGCUGGUCACAGUUUUGGGAUCUAUUAUCAGUACCCUCCCUCCACACUUUUUUACAGGAAUCUUCGAAAAUUGAAAUACAUAAAGAACUUUCACCAGUUUGAUCUAAACUUCAAAAAGCACUGUAAGGAGGGAAAGCUACCAAACUAUGUGGUGGUGGAGCAACGAUAUUUCGACUUAAAGUUAUUGCCAGGGAAUGAUGAUCACCCUUCUCAUGAUGUCUCUGAGGGCCAGAAAUUUGUGAAGGAAGUCUAUGAGGCACUGAGAGGAAGUCCCCAGUGGAAUGAGAUGUUGUUUAUAAUCAUAUAUGAUGAGCAUGGCGGUUUCUAUGAUCAUGUGCCAACGCCAGUGACUGGAGUUCCAAGUCCAGAUGGUAUCACGGGUCCUGAGCCAUACAACUUCCAAUUUGAUCGUUUAGGUGUCCGUAUUCCAGCUAUCCUGAUUUCUCCAUGGAUCGAACGCGGAACAGUGUUGCAUGGGCCUUCAGGGCCAUAUCCUUCGUCAGAGUUUGAGCAUUCAUCAAUUCCAGCGACUGUUAAAAAGAUCUUCAAUUUAAAAGAGUUCCUGACAAAGCGUGACGCAUGGGCAGGCACUUUUGAGUGUGUUAUUAGCAGAGAAAUUCCAAGAACAGACUGCCCAGUUACAUUGCCAGAGCCUGUGAAGUUUCGCGAAGCUGAGGCGAAAGAGAAUGCAAAGUUGAGUGAAUUUCAGGAGGAGCUGGUGCAAUUGGGAGCAGCAUUAUGUGGGGAUCAUAAGAAGGACAUUUAUCCUCACAAACUAGUAGAGAACAUGAGUGUUGGUGAGGCUGUUGAGUAUGUGAAUGGUGCAUUCAAGAGAUUCUUAGAUGAAUGUGAAAAUGCCAUGAAAAAUGGUGCUGAUGAAUCCCACAUUUGUGUGCCAGGAGGAGAUCCACCCAAUUUGGCUAAGUCCAAGUCCUUUGCUUCCAAGUUCUUUUCUUGUCUGGUUUGUGAGCAUUCAUAA